GAACCCAUCAUCUAUGUCUCUUUCAAUUAUCGUCCAAAUGCCUUUGGCUUCCUCGGCGCCCCUGAACUGGCAGGCGAGUCUACGACCGGAACACUCAAUGCUGGUUUACACAAUAUGAUCAGUGCAUUUAAAUGGGUGCAGGAAAACAUUGGCACUUUCGGAGGCAACAAGAAUCGAGUGAUAGUGUUUGGUGAAUCGGCAGGUGCAAUUGCAAUUGGGACUCUCCUCGUU